AUGAGAAUUCCUAGAAAACUGGAGGUAUGGAAGAUGGGUGUCGUGAAUUACUCGCAGGCACUAAAGCUGCAAGAGAAACUGAUAUCCGAUAGGAAAUCACAGAAGAUCACAGACACUCUCCUGUCCCUACAGCACCCCCCGACUUACACCCUCGGAAAAAGACGAACCCAACACAACGUAUUAGCCAACGAGACCGAACUCAAAGCCAUGGGAGCUAAGCUCUACUACACAGAGAGAGGAGGUGAUGUCACUUUUCACGGGCCCCACCAAGCUGUUUUGUACCCCAUUGUUUCUCUGAGAGAACUCGGGCUGGGGGCCAGAAAAUACGUUGAGAAGCUCGAGCUCACGAUGAUCGAGCUGGCUUCUCUGUACGGUUUGGCAGCUCGUGCGGGACAAAAGUGCGAAACCGGGGUUUGGAUUGAGCAGAGAAAGAUUGGGGCGAUUGGGGUUCGUAUAUCGUCCGGGAUUACAUCUCACGGGCUGGCUUUCAAUGUCGACCCGGAUUUGAGUUACUUUGGGCAUAUAGUGCCUUGUGGGAUUGCAGAUAAAGAGGUUACAUCUUUGCAGAGGGAGGUGAAAGAAAUGCUUCCUCCUGAGGAAGUUGUUACUGAGCAGUUGAUUUCCUCUUUUGUGAGGACCUUUGAUUAUGGUGAUGUUGUUUGGAAAGAUGCAUCAUCAAUCUCACUGGAUGAGUGA